AUGGUCGAGAAAGGAAGACUGGGUGCUCUAGCAGCUCGCCCGCCGACUCCUCCACGCUCAUCUUCAUAUUCUGGCUCACGAACGAGAGAAACCCACCCGGAGACCGAACCUCAGCUCCCUCCCACCUCUGCCCAUGACCACCCUUCGUCUUCAGACACUUCCCCAAGCCGUUUUGCUGAGAGGGCGUUGAAACGCGUCAAUUUCUCGCCGCUCCCCAGCUACAUAAAAGCCCCAGAUUUCUCUACGUCACCCCCCCAGGCGCGGCCUCAGUUACGCAAUUUAUAUCCAUCGAAGCAUUACCAACCAACAAAGUCAAUUCUCAAACCUACAGUCUACGUCUCGCAUAACGACGCGCCUGAAGACCCGCGAUCCAGCCCGACUGAUACACCGCCAGGAAUGUUAUAUUCCAUCUUACAACAGCUUGCAGGGGAUUGCAAGAUCUCGAGGACGGACGCGUAUAUGCAAUUACUUGGGAGUCUCGCAGUAUAUAGCGAUGUACCAGAUACUGAAGACCUGGUUGAUAAUAUUGGUCGAUUAACUCAGUUUAUGCGUCGAGAUAUUGCUGUUUCAUCAAGCACUCCUGGGCCUUCGGAAGUUUCUCUUAUCCACCAUGCGUCAAACCUACUGUGCAUGAUGCUCUGGAAGCCCGACUGUGCCAACAGGAUUCCAGACGACUUCAAAAACUUUGUUCUUGACUUAGCCAUUGGGUCUCUACAAAAUCCAUCAACGCCCAAAACAAUUAUCAUUGACUAUAUGCGGAUCCUAUCCGAGCAGAACUUUCCGCCAAAGGUACUAACGUCCACCAAAACUGCACAGCUAUUGCAAAACCUCAACGAUAUCACUAGUCGACUCAACGGCAAGUCUAUAAUUGCAAUGCGGCUUAGUAUAUAUGAAAAGCUGUUAUUGCAAGCGCGAUCAGUGAUUGCGUCUUACUCUAAUCUAUGGAUGAACCAUUUGAUUUCUGGCUUGUUGCAUAAAGUAAAGGAUAUUCGUUUCAGAGCGCUUAAAUUUGGCUCAAAGGUCGCAAGCUCAUUGGGACCCAGUCUUUUAAUAUCGAAGUCUGUUUAUGACGUUUUUGAUCUUCCUUUGGAGAAUGGUGCUCGGUUUGUGGAUGAAGCAUCUAGCCGGCUAUUGACAAUGGUCUCAUCUAGAGAUGGAAGCGUUUACGUUCCUCAGAUCUGGAGUACCAUUAUUCUCCUUCUAAGGAGGCCUCGGUUGACUUUAGACGCGUGGCCUCAUUUCAAGCAAUGGAUUUUGGUAAUACAAAAGUGCUUCAAUUGCAGUGAUUUGGCCACAAAACUUCAGUCAUUGAACGCUUGGAAUCAUUUGGUUUACGCAAUUCACACUAACGAAGCUGAAAAAGACAUGACUACAUUCCUUUCGAAACCCAUCUUUCUACAGCUAGAACGAAGAAAGAAUGAGAACCCGACGCCCCUGAUCAACCAAGCUAUUGCAAGCUACUGCAAUCUUUUGUACUACGCCUUUCGUCCCUCGGCCCCCUAUGAACGACUGGACUUAUAUUGGAGCGAAUAUAUCUGUUCUCCAUUCCUACGACGUUUAGAUUCCAAUUCCAACAACGUUCAAAUAGUUUGUACGAUUCUGGAGGAGCUGCUUUGGAAUUCUCAAUCGAAAGUUUGGGACGAAAAGAAAGCGAUGGAAAAUGGCAAGAUGAAACCAGAAGACUUAUUGCGCCUUGACUGCAAAUGGGUGCGGUCGCGGGUUUCUUCUAUCUCACCGAUUUUUGAACGACUUUGGAAGAGUGCUGAGUGGAGUGAGACAACGAAUCCCAGCUCACCAAUACAACAAAUGUGGAUAAAUUUGUCCAGGGCACUAGCCGAUGCAUCAAGAAAGGAAAUCCAGCCAUCUGCAGAAUUGAUGAAAGCUAUUGCCGCCGUAUUAGAGAUUCUUCAGCGAUUAUGGAAAGACGCACCGGCUUCACUGAAUGCUCCCGACCACGACGCAUUUCUUCCCCGUUUCAAUUUCUUACUGAAUACUAUGAUAUCGAUAAUUGAGCCAUUUCCAUUUACCAACAAGCUACUCCUAAAAACAACCUCAGACACCUUUCAACCUGCCCAAACCCCUACGCAUCGACGAGCCCAAAGAGACGGAAUUAUUCAACCCCCCAUUAUUCAUUUAUUCAAGUUGAUUGUAUUUUCACAUAACCGACCCUCUUCCCCUGAGUACCUUCAGCUUCUAAACGACUUGAUUCGGCUUGCAUUAUCCGGAAAUACCCUUAGAAACUCGCAAAUAGAAAUUUUGCGUCAAUUCGCGGAAUCCUUUCGAGACUCUACUUUAACCACGAAGAAGAAUACGAAUGAAAAUGCAAAUGAUGCCUGGGACAUCUUGGCAACUGCAUCGAGGGACUGUUUAGACAGAGCUAGCUUAGAUACGCCGGCUAAAGAGGGGACUAACAAUACGGCUAAUAAUGACUGUGAUAAAAUAACUGUUAUUCUCGAAGUUGGAAACCACUUUCUAAAAUCUCCUGCUAAGUGGAUCGAUCUUUGUGAUACUUUAGUUUCAACUCUUCACCGGGAAAAGGGAGACAUCGCUGUUUCUGCUGCUAUCGAGACAAUUUCCGAAUCCUGUAUCCGAAACCCAGUCCUAUCAAUACCUCGAGUUGUAAAGCUCCUUGGGCUCAUUGUGUUUCCAUCUCAGGAUACUGUCAAACCUUUGCCGAAGUUUGCCAACGCGAUGCCAAAUUUAAAAGAUCGCACUGUUCAUCAAGCGUCUUGUGAAAAGCUACUACUACUAGUUAGCAAAGCUCUAAAUGAUACCUAUAUCAACACAAGGGAAUUUAGUAAAACUGAUGUUUCGGCUUUUCUUGAAGCUGUUGCUCAUUGCCUCAAGUCUUCCCCGCCAGAGUAUCGUUCCAUUCUGUUGGAAAGUCUUCAAAAUAGCCUUGCGCUAUGGAUUAGGGAUGAUAACGGACAGUAUAGCUCUACAUCCGGAACUGAUAGAUCUGUGAUUUUGGCUAUUCGAGCUCUUGUAUCAACUAUUACCCACACUCUUGAGUCAUCUGGACGAGCAAAUACUACCCUAUUAUGCCGAUUAAGACCAUUGAUUCAAGCCGGGUUUGAAUCGCGUCAUAGAUCCACUGUAAAUGGAUUCAUACACUUGUGGAAUGCCACUUUCGGACUACAAGAACACCUGGAGUAUCCGCUUCAAGUCAAAACAGCUUUGAAAAAGCUGCGAGCUCAUGUGGAAAUUCUGCUACCUUCGUGGCCGGAUAGGUGUGAACCUAGUGAAUCAUCUCCACCGCUCGAUUUCUUAAGCUCUCCAGAAAUUCCCUCCAACGUUGAAACCCCACGCAAAUCAAGGCUUGGGCGACACGGAAUUGAUAAAAGGCCAUCUGGUUCACCAGCAUUGAUUACCCCAUGUUCUUCUAAAAGAAGUGAACAUAAUAAAACGAAAGGCCCGUCACGGAAAAGAGGCAGCACCAACACCCCUGAUAACCGUUUACACCACGAUAAUUCACAAGUACAUUUUGUGCCUGUGGAGUCAUCCCCUGCAGGUGAUGCCGCUCCUGAAUCACAACUUCUUACUGAGCAUCAGAAGGAUGUAAGAGAAAGACAGCGUUCGGACAACGCCAUAUUAUUUCAAAGUCACCCAUCAAGCUUCCUAUCUCCUCGAAACCAAGGUACUAUGGCGAAAAGAAUUCGUGGGCAAUCCGAUCCCGCCGAUGACCGCCCUUCCACCCCAGUUGUCACCGAGGGAUCCCCGGCGGAUGAAUAUGACUUUACAUUCUCUUCCCCCACUCCUGGAUCAAAGGAACCAGGCGCAGAACUCGCCGACUUUUCCUUGUCAACCUUACCACCUAAUCUUGAUUGGAGUGCCUCACCUAAUCUUGCGCCAGUUCCGGCUUCUACAACACAUCAUCAGGCUGUUACUCCAAGCAAGACAGCUGUAACUACCAAAAGGGGCAGUAUUGCCUCAUCAGCUAAGAAAGUGGAGGAAGUUAUUGACACCAGCUCCAGAAAAGAUGCUUCGACUAGUAGAGAUACCGGCCAAGUUUAUUCAAGUCCUGCAGUUGACUCUUUAAUCCAUGACUGGCCGUUUUCAUCUAACGGCUCUGACAUGAAACUUGCUUACUCGCCAAAAUCCGCGCCGACGAGAGGUGACUUUGCAGCCGCCCAAAUUAAUACCUCCGAGAGCCCUGAAUCUACUGAAUUGGACCCAAGCCGCAUUCUAGAUUCCUUCAAUGAUCAAUUGGAACAGCAGAUUGCCUCCCAAUUAGAGCAGGAUUUAGAGCUUUCAAUGGACAUGGAACUUUCUACCAGUAAACAGCAAGAGAAUGGUUCAAAGCCAUCUAGCCGCCAAAGAAAGCGGAAGAGAAGCAAGACUGAUACAAGCCAGGAAAGCUCUAAUAAGCGCGCCAACAACAAUGCAAGGGUGUCUGGUAGUGGUACCACUCCUAGUCCGGGAUCGCCUGAGGACAUACCGGACUCUCUGGAAGAAAUUUCUGCUCAGAAAUUACCCAACCCAACCAACAACAGAAAAUCAGCUAGAAGCAAAACCAAUGGUGGCCAAUCAACAAAAUCAUCCGGCUUCAACUCCUCGACUCGUGAGUCAUCGUCGCGUGAAAUACCCGAAUCACAGCCUUCGAAUAACAGAAGGUCGCUCCGGCUUCGUGUAAAACCGGCACCUCAGAAAGAAAGUCCAGUCUCCUUGACUGAAGAUACGGAGAUGACAAUGGACACAAGCCCCUUUUCAGGAGGUGUAUCGUCAGGGCUGGAACAGCCGUCAUUGAAUGUGGCUGCUGAGGAGCCUCGAGGCCAGGAAUCGAUGCCGGACGAGGCCCGCACUAACGGUACAUCGGAAUCCAGUAAGACAUCGAUACUCGCCUCGCUCAAAUCGGUACUUGAGUCCAUCUCCAAGACGUCGUUUCAGCAGUCAUUCUUGCGGCAAAUUGAUGAUAUCAUGUUCGAUAUCAAACUAGAAGCUCACAAUGCUGUGAGAAGACAUCGGAACUGA